AUGGCCAGCCAGACCCAGGGAAUCCAGCAAUUGCUGGCUGCUGAAAAGAGAGCGGCCGAAAAAGUAUCAGAAGCCCGCAAACGUAAAGCAAGAAGGUUGAAGCAGGCCAAAGAAGAAGCUCAAGAUGAGAUUGAAAAGUACCGUAAAGAUCGUGAACGUCAAUUUCGCGAAUUUGAGGCCAAACACAUGGGUUCCAGGGAGGAUGUUGCCUCGAAAAUUGAAACCGACACCAAACAACGUAUUGAAGACAUGAACAAAGCUAUCAUCAGUCAAAAAGCCCCUGUAAUUACUGAAGUUCUUGCACUUGUCUACGACAUCAAACCAGAGAUGCACAAGAAUUAUCGUAAUUAAUAACUGAAAAUCAGUAUUUCAUGUAAAACGUACUUGUUAUUACUUAAAUAGAUUUAUGUGGUUACUUAGUUGUCAUUCCAUUUAUUGUAUAAAUUUUAAAUGAAACCUUUUUUUAGAUAAAUAUUAUUUACUCAAAAGAAAAUGCAAUAUGUAAUGUAAUAUUUGUUGUAAUGUAUUGUAUUGUGAAUAAAAGAACUUGAUGUUU